GCACAGGGGUGAGCAGUGCUCGGGUGUUGUGCCGUGUUUCUCUCUGUCCUCAUCUGGUGUCUCUGGUUAGGUUAGCACGUUACCAGCAUGACUGGUAGUUUUUGUUAUCUUCGCAUAAGAUAAAUCGUUUCUCAAAGCGCUGCUCAGUCGCCAUAAGGGUUUGGAAGAGACAAUGUUUCUGUGUCGAGGAUCACGGUCUGUUGUUGCUCAAUCAUUUAGUUUGUAUAACUUAGCUGGUUCGGUGCAGGUUGCCACAAACAUACAACAGGACGCCAUAUGGUCAUUGCAUAACUCUAGCAUUAUUUCCGGCUCUCAAGUCCGUGACAGAGGCGCAAAUAAUGCUCAUCAUUUACGCCUUCUUCAUGGCAUGCUACAGGACGAAUCUGGGAACAGCAACAAAUAUAAAUAUAUGUCUCGUGCUUGGACGGCCUACAAAUCGAUUUCAAGACUUGACUUCAUUUUGCCUUUUUCGUGGAGGAGCAAAGGUGGAAACACGGCUGACCUACUAAAUUCACAGAAAAGCCUUUUUUGUCCUGAUUCCCAAACGUGUAUCAUUCACUCCUCGACGAACGAUCUCCUGUCAAGUGCGUUACCUAACGCUUCAAAACAGAACGAAGCGGACUGGACGAAGGGAGAACCAGCCACAGAGGUUAAAGAGGUACCGUUUUCUAAGAGUCCACAUGGAGGAGCUGAAAAGCCAGACCCUGAGGAAAAGCAAAAUAAAACAAAACAGCUGAAGAAAGUUUUUCGAGAAUACGGUGCUGUUGGUGUUUCAUUUCACGUUGGAAUAUCUUUAAUUUCUCUUGGAAUUUUCUACGUUGCUGUGUCUAGCGGGAUCAAUAUGGCAGAUCUCCUUUGCAAGCUGGGCUUUAGUGAGGCUGUGGUUCAGUCAAAGAUGGCUGCUGGCACUAGCACAUUUGUGCUCGCUUACGCUGUUCACAAACUCUUUGCUCCAGUUCGGAUCAGCAUCACUCUUGUGUCCGUACCACUCAUUGUGCGACAUCUUCGGAAAACUGGUCUCUUCAAAUCCUUACCACCUCGUCUGUGAACAAGCAAAUUUGUUUUAUUUGCAUACUUUAUUAUGCUUUUAUGCAACUAUGUCUGUUCACCAAGAAUGUGAAUGUGUUCAAUAAUCUGCUGUAAGGUUAUAUAAGUUAUAUAUAACCUGUCUUGAAUUAUAUACAUUAUAUAAAUUUUUUGUACUAUAAAUAAAAUGACUUAUGUUUUGGGAUGAAAA